ACGUUUAAAUAUCCGCAGCAAGAUAUACGGCGCAAGUUCGCAUGCAAAGCUCGUCGGAGGGGGGAGGGCCGCGCGACUGCGGAUCAAUGGCCGGCUCGUUUGCGCAAGCAAGCUUUCUCGCGCUUGCACAGCCACACACACACACACACAUACACACAUCUACGAGUCUAGAUCUGAUGCGAGUUUACCGGCGCACAGCGAAUUGAUUCGCGAGUCGGCAAACACCAGCGAGAGAUGUAUCAGCAGCGAGCUAUGCAAAGCUGAUGUAUGUAUGGGUAUUGGGUACAUGUAUAGCGAUCGUCGGGAGGAUGUGAUAGAGUUGCGAUCAUAUAAUGCGCGACGAGAGCUGCGUCUAAUCAUCGGAUUCGAACCGACGACUGGCUCUUUGCUUUGCUUUAGCGCCGUGUGUGAGAGAGACAGAGAGCUUUGAAAGCUGCAUUGAAUCCGCAAGCUACUAAUGAGAUCUCCGAGCUGCCAAGGGCGCUUGACGUGAGCUAAUUGGCCGGUCGAUCGGAAGAAAAAGGGUGUAUAUACGAUUCUAACGAGAUCACUUCUAGCUCUGAUCUUUGCUCUUUAUGCGAUCAGCUGAUCGAUUGCUCUGCGGUACUGCGUUACGCUUUAUUUGUUGUUUGAUAAAUGUUGUAUCACGAAAAAAUCAUUUUUAUAACAUAUCGAUUGUGAAGUCAUAUCAUUGCAAUUUGUAAUCGGCAUACAUACUUGUUACAACUUAAUUAUGUAAUCACUGCAGAAAUAAGUAUCUCUAUAAGAAACAGCCGCACAUAACGAUACACAGAUAUAGCGAAUAGGGACUAAAAGUAGACAAACGAUACAGGGCGAAUAGUAUAGCCAGUUUUAUUAGCGUAACGAGAAGCUGAGAGAAGGUGAAUUUCGCAUGAGCGCGAGAAGCUUCUCGCGCACGGAUAUUCGUCUCUCACACCCCUGUACCCAAACUCCCCCGGUUCGAUGUACAUAUAUAUAGAUAUACACACAGCGAGUAGACGAGUCGCCGCGAGGAAGGGUGUUUACUCAAGACACGACAAUUCAUUACGUAAUUGAAUUGAAUGAGGCCUCCGCAAUCCCCCUCCUGCGUGUAUACUCGUCUUAUUCGCUCUUCUCCUCGUUCGUCCCUCUCCGCGUCGCUCGCUUUCGUUUUUAUCUCUCGAUUUUUUUGUACACACCGACGCUCUAAGACUUGUAAAGGUGUAAACAAAUUUUUCAAAAAAUCCAAAAAAACAAACGCGCGAGAAAUCUCGAGACCACAUCGUACAAGACCGGAGAAAGACGCAGAGCAGGGGCGCAUUAUAGACAGGCCGACGAGCAUCACUGCAGAGCCGAAGCCUCGCGAAGAGCAGGGAGAGAGAGAGAGAGAGAGCGAAUUAAACGAUUAGUUAAACUGAUUUCGAGUUAGGCGAAUGAAUAAGUAAUCGGAUUUCUCGUUAAGGUAAUCGCAUUGCGCCCUGAUUGGCUCCGUCUGCCUCCGCGUUACGGACCAUAUCCGCGCGCGCGCGCACCCGGUUCUCUCCUCCUCUUCUAUACAUAUACAUAUAUAUGUACAUACAGCCACGUCGCUCCUGUGCGCGAGCGGCGUAGUCGUGUUUGCGCGAGCAAUUACAUUCCCGAACGCAAUCCCAUUUAAAUAUUGCCGAGUUUGGUAGCGGCAAAUACGAGAGACGCGAGGGGGGCUCGACUUCUCGUUAUAUGUGUGUGUGUGUGUGGGAAGAGAGAACGAAUGCAGUCGUGGUAUAUAUUGAGAGCGAGCUUUUAUCAAACGCGUGUAAUUGUAAUGUCGUGAUUUCAUUAUAGGCGCUGUGGCGAUGAAAAUUAGCCUGGGGCGAUUCUGUGUUAUUGUAGGUGAUGUAAUGUAAUGAUGUGAUGUGUAUUCGUACGUUUUAUUCGUUUUCUCGUUGGUUGUUUAGGUGACCAAUUGGAAACUUUCGAAGCUUCUAGUGAUAAGAGCAUCAGCUGAGAUAUUAUAAGCGCAUGUGACGUUAUUUUUGUGUGUGUGUGUUUGUGUGUGUUCGUGUAUUUGGUUCGCAAGACAAGAAAACGCGUCUUUUCAGACGAAAGCUCUUGUAAAGUUUCUCUCGAACGACGAUGAUGUAACUCGUAUAACAGUACCAUACAAUAUAUAGUCAGCCCAAGAUCUAAAACUCCAAGCUCUAUAGCGAGCAGAGACGAUAAUGUCUUCAUGAAGACUUUUUUUACUGCUUCGGGAGCUUUUUUACGAUUCCGCUCGCGAGAACGCGUUACAUAAAUUAUCUUUAUUAUACACGUUUGGAAAAUAGUUGAGAUUAACGGUCCGCGCGAAAUCUCAUCAUACAGUUCGUUAAUCUAACGCGCGGAUCCAUCCUUUAUCACGGUCAGUAAAAUUUAAUUAUAUUCUUUAGCGAGGAGCUUUAUACGUUUCGACGCGUUUAUUUUCGAAUAAGUAUUUAAAAAAAUUCAAAAUUCCGACCUUGAACACUUUCUGUACUCGCCAUAAGUCCGCCAAAUAAGCCCGAAGCGGCUGUAUAACACAUAGGCAUGAGAAAGCGCUCGUACGUGCAUGAAUCCGAGAGCAGAGCUAUAUAACAUUACAUAGAGCUUACUCAUGGCACGUGUGUACACAUGUAGUCUGGUAGAAGCGAUUCAACUCGAUCUGUCUCUCCGUCCGACUGCACUGAGACGUUACUACUGAAAGUUGCAUGAUGUGUUACGCUCGCGGAGUCGUCUUUUGAAUUUUCAGCGGUUGAAAAAAAACGAUCAUGAUUUUUCUACGAGCUUGCGUCUUAGCAAGCUCCACGUGGAUAUAUCGUUCACCCAAUUCCCACACCUCGGGAUCUCCUUAAACACCCGCGCGUACUUACACGCGCGACAAUUCAAUUACAAGCAUCAACUCGCGAUCUGCUCCCUCCAUCCCUCCCCCCCCCCCCUUUCCCCCCGAAAAAAGUCUCCUGCACACAAUCUGCUAUCAGCGAUAAUCUCCAUUGCGCUGCUUCGCACCUAUUCACCCCUUCCUCUCUCCGCCAACCCUCUGGGGGUACACACCCCCUAAACGAAAGCUCCGCCCUUAGGACAUCCCCAUUGGUCGAGUCAGCCAUUCGACGCUUGCGCCUAUAACCGCGCCUCGACUCCCGAGACGCCAGACUGCGCAGUCCGGGGCUGCGCGCAGAGCAUGGAGCAGCUCGCCCAGUUUGUCUCCAAGAGCUUCGAGGGACCUGGACAGCUGGCUUUCGCUCUGCGUCAUCAUCAUCAUCAACGUCAUCAUCACCAUCAUCAUAAAAGGGAAGACGAGGAUCAGGAACAGCCCAGGCGAUUGCAAGCUGCCAUAUCGCUGAGCGUUGCCCAGCUGGUCGGGGCUGUUGUCGCUGGAUGCGCCAAGACUGCUGAUGACAAGGAUCAAGAGGAGCCGAACGAGAGAAACGGAGAACGUAUACUGGAUCCAGUGAAGGACAAUGGAAAAUCAGAGAUGGGCGAGUCGGAGCAUCAGCAGGACUCGAGCAGCAGCAGUGGCAACAGCGUCGUAGUGUCGUCGGUGAAAGAGCCAUCGUCGCCAGAGACUCGCCUGCAGCCGGAGGACUUGUCCCUGUCCUCGAGCCAAAAGCUCAAGGAAGAGACGGAGAAGCGCUUGACCAAACCACCGGAGUUGAAGCUUUCGGUUCGCAAGCUCCUGGGCUGUACACCGUCGCCACCGCCGGUCAGCAGUAGAGAUCGCUCCUGCAGCCCUUGCGACGAGCAGAAGGAAGCCGAGGUCAGACCGGCGCCGAUUCUCUCCAGGCCUAGUCUGCUUCAGCUCGACGAUGCCAAAGGGGAAGUUUCAGGUAACGCUAGCAGCAGCAGCGGAAACGGAAGGUCCGGAGCCGGGAGUGGCGGUAACGGAAAACAGCGUAGGUCGAGGACGAAUUUCACUCUGGAGCAGCUGGCGGAGCUCGAGAGGCUUUUCGACGAGACCCACUAUCCCGACGCCUUCAUGCGCGAGGAGCUGAGUCAGCGACUUGGACUCAGCGAGGCGCGCGUCCAGGUCUGGUUCCAGAAUCGACGCGCCAAGUGCCGGAAACACGAGAGCCAGUUGCACAAAGGAGUGACAGGCGGCAUGGUCCUGGCACCGCGAAGCCCCCCAACGAGUCUGGAGCCCUGUCGAGUGGCUCCUUACCUACCAGCCCUCCGACUGCAUCCUCAGAUCCAAUCGGCGAACAGCGCAGCCUCGGCCUUCGAUCCAGCCGUGCUCCACUACGCCGCGGCCGGUGGUCUCUUCUGUCUGCCCGGUGGUCACCCUAACACCUCCAGCGCAGCUGGCCCAUCCGGCAGUGCUGGCAAUCCGCACCACCUGAAUCUCGCGGCGUCGUUAGCUGCCGCGGCGGCCGCCAACAGCAGGUCCAAGAGCAGCAGCAUCGCCGACCUGAGGCUCAAGGCCAGGAGGCACCAGGAGGCACUGGGUCUUGAACGACCGGCGUAAGUCUGUGUGUGCAUGUGUGUGUAAUCUGAAUAACGAGGAACUUUUGGUUGGAAACUGUGACGUUGGGUCGGGGAAUGCUUUUGAAACGUUGGAGGAUUUCAAAAACGUUUCUGUAAAACAACUUUAUACACGUAACUUCGAACCGAACGUUUCAGAAGCGUUGCGAUCGAGUGGUGCUUGGAAGCUGGGGAGCUUUUUGGCUUAGA